AUGGCUGACAAGCAACGAAUGGAGGCCGAGGGAGCCGAAGGUGACAGUAAGGAGCUUCUCAACAAGCGCGCGUGUGACCAAUGCCGUCUCAGAAAGGUACGCUGCGAUAAGAGAUCGCCAUGCUCGAAUUGUCGCAGUGCACGAAUUGUCUGCCGCUCAACAGGUGCAGGGCAGAAACCCAAGGAGGAUCGCAGGCGGGUUCUAAUUUCCAGCCAGUACGAGCAGAAGAUCGAUCUUAUCGAGGAACGUCUAGGCAACAUUGAAGAAGUCCUUCUUGAGUUGAAAUCUAGCCUUGCUCGCAAUCCCACUACUGCUGAGCCGUGCUACCACGCGACUCCUAUCUCGAAGCAAAUGACUCCAGAUACAUCUGGGUUUGCCUCCAAUACCACAGCCGCGUUAGAACAUGAGUCUGCUACUGGGUUUGAGGGCAACUCAUCCCUCGCGGCUCAUUCCGCCUACGCAAGUGCGUUUCUAGAAACAGUCGUUUCGCGAAGCGCGUCUCAAGUUUCUACCCCGAAAAUCAAUGCAGCGCUCACGGCGCUCAGACAGAUCGUAAACAUGCAGAGCCAUCCACCUGGGUCUUCGUUAAAAGACGUUCCGUUACUGAAUCAGAAAGGCGGUCGGGUUUCGAACUUGCGAGAUCUGAUCAUGCCCCCAAUGCAGGUGGUUCUGCCAAUUUUGCGCCAAAUAAAAGAAAAGCUUCCUUUUGCCUUCGCAUGCUACUUUCCUUUCCUCAGUGUUGACGACUUCAUCCAGAAAUGCCGCGAAGUGUACUUUGCAACAGAAGAUUACUCCGACGCCACGUUCAUGGUAGUCAAUUGCGGUCUGUAUCACAUCUUUCUUGAGUAUAGCUUCCUUGCAGAAACUAUUCAUGCCAUUGAAAUAUCAAAACCUUCGUUUGCCUGGACGCUGACGUCAAAUGCAGCUCGGCUGUGUCAGAAUCUUGGAUAUCAUCGGAGUCCAUCGAUGAAUCAGUAUAGCGACAAGGAGAAAACAAAAGCGCUUUCGCUCUUUUUGUGUGUUUACUGUCUCGACAAGGGUCUUUCACUCAGGCUAGGCCGUGCAUCAUCUAUACAGGAUUAUGAUAUUACCAUCCCUGAGGAUUUAGGAGGGCACCAAGUCGACGAACCUUGGAGAACAAUGUAUCAUCUAUGGGUGAAAGUCGCCGAGAUCCAAGGAAAGGUCUAUGAGCAGCUGUACAGUCCGGCGGCUCUAAGUGGACCGGAACGCGAAAGGGUACUUUGUGCUCGUCAAUUGGCGUCGGAGAUGGAAGUGGCCGUCAUGGAGCCAUUCAAGAAGCUCGAAAGGUCGUCUAGUCCUGUAUCGGAGAUUGAAGGCUUCUUGAUUAAAUCGGAUGAAGUCAGCAGGUUGGCUAUAUUGACUUUAAUAUACAGAGCGAUUCCUGCAUCAGGGGAAUCCACCACCACUUUUGUACCCGAAUGCAUAGAGACGGCACGGGCUGCAUUGAAGUCGCAUCAGGUUUGCAUGACAAGUUUGAGGGAAAGUAGCGAGGCUACGAAAUGCUCAUAUCUGCAUUGGUCCAUUCUCUACUCCCCGUUUGUCCCAUUCAUAGUUCUCUUUUGUCACGUCAUUGAGGCUUCCUCUCGAGACGAUCUCGCGAGACUAGAAGACUUUGUUUCCUCACUUGCACCGAACUGUUUCCUUUCCGAGGCAAUCACGAAACUACAUAGUCUUUGUCAAGUCCUCGGCAAUGUUGCGAGGCUAUAUGUAGAGGCGAGAGCACAGGCCCAAAUACAGGAGAACCAGGAUCUAGCGUCUGUGGGUCAGGAGUUUGAUACAUAUCUGAGUGCUCUUGGCUUGGCCCCUGCAUCAGGAGUCGGCGGUCCCCGUUGGAAUACUGCUGCUUCGGAUUCUUUGGCAGCAAGAUCUAUGCCUGUACUUGAGAACAGUAUGGGAGGACAAGACCUUCCGGCUGGUGCCAUACCACAGACACAACUGGGAAGCUGGUUUUCUGGAAACCAGCAUAUGAUGGGACUGUUGGAAGAAGAUAUGUCACUAUGGGAUCCGGCUACAUGGCCUUACUCUUGA